AGCUGUGGGGGCACCUAUUGGGCUCUCUCAUAUUUCAUCCAAUUUUUUCAUUCAUGGCGAAGAGGCUUCACGUUUCUGUUCUUGUCUUCCUUAGCCUGGCACUAACGUGCGCCGCUACAACGUACGUCGUGGGGGGUAAUUCUGGCUGGGACAUAAGCACUGAUCUUGAAACGUGGAAGACUGGCAAGACAUUUUACGUUGGCGAUGUUAUAGUGUUCCAAUUUUCUUCUUCCAAUGAUCUAGAGGAAGUGACGAAAGAGAAUUUCAACAAAUGCAACACGACCAAUGUAUUGAGAUCCUAUACAAACGGGAACACAACUAUAACGUUGUCGAAACCUGGUCCGAGGUAUUUCAUAUCUGGUAACAAGUUAUAUUGCCUUGGGGGGAUGAAGCUGCAAGUAAAUGUAGAAAACAAUCAAGCAUAUUCUCCUGCCAAUGCACCUCAGCAAGACCAAGGGGCGGCUACUCUUCCACAGCCUUCUACAAAGAGCAACAUUAAUCCUACGUCCGGCGGGGUUUUGCAUGGCGGAUGGGAUUCUCUUAUGCCAUUUUCUCUAGCUUUUACGGCGUCUGCAGUGUUAUGGGUGUUGCAAAUAUGAAUAUUUACGUUAAAAAAUAUUAUAUAUAUAUAUAUACACACACACACACACUUCCCAUUUUUUUAAGGUUUCUUUUGGUUUUAAUUUGAGUAUUUAAUCAAAUUUGCAGCUUCUGGCUGCUUGCGAUCGAUGUAAUGAGGGCACACAUUUGUCUUCUAAUUAUUAUUUUAUUUUGUACACUUUUACUUACUUUCUAUAUUUCGGACGCAUGCAGUUGUUUAA